AUGGGGCCACCGGGCAAUAGGGGAUCAUGGGGCCCCUGUAUCCUUGCCCAAAUCAAAAAAGCCUAUGAAAAAGGUACCAGGGGCAUCUCAUGGGGCCCCCUACUGACCCCGUGCCCUCGGGCAGUACCCAAGUUUCCAAAUGGUCAGUCUGCCCCUGGCCAAUAGAGAAUAGAGGGAAAUCUUCCCAUGGGGACACUCACAACUCAUGGGGCCCCCGGGCAAUAGGGGAUCAUGGGGCCCCUGUGUGUCCUUGCCCAAACUCAAAAAAGCCUAUGAAAAAGGUACCAGGGACAUCUCAUGGAGCCCCCUACUGACCCUGGGCCCUCAGGCAGUGCCCGAGUUUCCAAAUGGUCAGUCCGCCUCUG